AUGUCUGACAAGAACAAGACCAUCGACAACGCAUCUUCCAAGAGUUCGGAUGCCUCAAAGCAGCCAUCUCAAGUUUGCACAUCUGGCUCAACCAUGCAGAAUCCACAGCCACAGGGCAAUGUGCAGCCAACAACAAAUGGGACGAACACCACUCAAACAGCAGUAGGCCAGAUCGGAAAUCUACCCAUCAAGCCCGAUGAAGGUUCCUGGAACCCACUCACCCAAGGCCGGGCUCUCAAAGAAUCCGACACACCGAUUGACCCAACGGACGAAAGGUACAUUCACAUCUCGGACGAUGAAGGAAAAGAAAGCAAGUAG